CAUAUUUUAGGUAUCAUUUUAUAUCGUUUAGGAAUCAGUACAAUUUAUACUAUUGGAAUAAUUGAAACAAUACAAUUAUGACGUCCAAAAGCAGUUUAGGUAUAUUGAUUACUUCGAUGUUUAUUAUGACUUUCAAAGAGGUUAACACAAGUAAGAGUAUAAUAAUAAUAUGAAAUGCCAUAUACUUGGUUUUCCAAAUCUCAUGUUACAGUCAAAUUUUCCAUGAAAUUAAUAUUUUUCAAAAAAUGAUUUAUGUAAAAACAUUUUGGAAUCACAUUCUAAAUUAUUACAUUGUCAUUAUUUUUGUUUAAAAAUGGCAACCUAUACUAAAAAUUCUGUAAAUAGUUUUAGUUUAAAUACAUAUUGACAUUUUUAAUUUCCGUCAACCAUUUUAUAUUCCAUUUUAAAAUGUGGUUAGGACUUAAGAGCAGAAUCUAGUGGAACAUUUUACACUAUGACACGUACGUAACAUGAAAUUUGAAAGGCCCUGUACAUUUAUUUGAAUUCUAAAUAUAAUAUUAUAGAAAAUCAAAUUCAGAACGUUAAUAUUUUUCAGAAAAUUCAAAACAAAUAUGAAACUAUAAAUAUUAAUUAUAUUAUAAAACCUAUGUUAUAUAGAAAUGGUUGUAAUUUCAGAGGACUUAAUAAUCCUAGAAGGCUAGAAUCAAACUACCUAUUUAAAUGAUUAAAUUAAUCUAGACAUUUCAACCUAUAUAUAUAUAUAUACAGUGAAACAUCGAAAUAUCGGACACCCUCGGGCGAUCAAAUUUUGUUCGGUAUUCAAAGGGGGGGGGGGAAAUAAAGAAAUAAUAUGCAUAUCGUAAGUCGAUUAAUAACUAUGAAUAGUAUUUAUUCAACGUAGUAAUGAUUUAAUAUAAUUCAGUGUUUCCCAACUUAUUUUAAUCACGGAACCUUUCCAGGAAUUUGAAUAUUUGGCGGACCUCCUAUUUUUUUUUUUUUAUUACAACUAAAAGAAAAAAAAGAAAACAAAAUUGAAAAUAAUGAAACUGUUAUUGCCAUGAAUUAUCCUUAUAUAUUAUUCUUUUAUUACUUUAUUCCCAGUUUUCUCGAAGUAUUAUGAAAACAGUAAAGAAAAAUCUUCCAAAUACACAAACUAGAAACAAUUUUUCUUUCAGAAAAGAUACCAUACUGAAAAAUCCAAAAAAUAUUUCUCGUAGAAAUUUGUUCACAGACUUUAAAAAAAAAAAAAUAUACGAGUAAAACCAUUAUAUUUCUCACUAUGUUCAGAACCUAAAUUCAGUUUACAUUGUGGUUGUUUAUUGUACUCGUAUAUGUGGUUUCCACUUUACGACAACCAAAUUUAUACCGUUAUUUCGUAAAUAUUCCGGUUUCCGACGUUUUUCUCGGGUUCUCCCAAUUUUUAAUAAUUUAUAAUUGUUCUACAUUUAUUUUACUACGUAAAAUCGUCUGUUUUAAAUUUUAUAAGUACCUAUAUCUAUUAUUUAGAUAGCAGCGUAGGUCCUGUAGACGAUCCUGUACAUGAAAAAUGUAUGAGUAAGUAAAAUAAUAUUACGUUUUUAUAAACUAUAAUAUUAUCUAUCAAACAGAACAGGGGUCGACAGCUCGUAGUCCGUGAUCGAUUUUUUUUGGCCUACAAAAGAAGUUAAAUUUUUAUGAUGUUUUAAUAAUAUUUUAAUAUUAUACAUAAUUUACUACAUACAUUAUUGUCAUAAAUUAUUAUCAAUAGUUUUACAUUCCAUUUUGUAUUUAAUAACAUAUUUAAAUUAAGUUAAUGUUUAGUGAUAGGCAAAAUGUUAUGAGUCUUGCAAUCUUGGUCUUACAACAAGAUUAAGAAAAAGACAGUAUACUGGUACUAACAAAAUCUUGAUUCAAAAGCUAACUGAGAUUAAGUCUGCACGACCAAGACUCUUACAUUAUUGCAAAUUAUAAAACGAAAUAAAAAGUAAAUAAUAAUAGAAAAUAAUUAAUACAGAUAUUUGUUUGCGUAUAAAUCAUGAUAAAUCGAAAUUGAAAAAGAGUAGAUAUUGUAUAUCACAUCUAUACAUUUAAGCAAAGAGUGCUCUAUCUAACAAGAAUCUUCAAAUUGAAUGUUUUUUGAGGAAGUUAGUUAUAUAAAACCUUAACAGUGGAGAAUUUUGUUAAUUUAUAAACAGGUCAAUAAUAAAAAACUAAUAUUAAAAAUGCAUAGUUUAAUAAAUUUAAUUUUAAAUUCCUUAAUAGACCAUCUAGAAGAAUUUGGAUUAAAGUGUAAGUACUUAUAAUCUAUAGGUAUUAGUGUAUUCAAGUAUAAUAUAUUAUAUGCUAUAUAGGAGAAUAUAUAUAUUGGUGAGAAAAGGAAUAAGUCAGUUUCGUCAAUUCAUUGAUAUUUUUUACUUAUCCCCUUUCGCACAAACUACCUUAUCGACUUAUACCAAAAUGUGCGUUUAAAUACCAUGAUAACAGUAACAGAUAGGUGGAUUACAGUGCCAUCAAACGAUGCGACGUAAAAAAUAAUAUAAAAUUAAUGUUUAAACCCAAAUUAUCAAAAAAAUGACAUAUUCUCUUUCCUUUUUUUUUUUUGUUUUCCUAAUUAUUAUACAAUGUUACUCAAUCAUGACAGCUGGGAUGCAUAUUAUACCUCAUUAUAUUAUUAUUAUAUAUUAUACAGUAAAUAUAGCAUAGGCCAGACGGGUUUAGAGAUAUGUAAAUACAUUCAAAUCAAAAAGAGACUCUGAUAAAAUAAUUUAAAUCAUAACGUUUAGGUAUUUUAAUUUUUGAAGAAACUUAUUUCUAAAUAGUGGGGGUAAUUAUUUUUUGAGAGCUUCUGAGCUCUGGUCACCUUGCACCCCUUAAUCCGGCCCUAAGCAUAGGCCAUAUUACAUACCUACAUAGGUAUUAUAUUGCAUGGAUUAGAUGUAUUUUAAUACUUACACCUAUUAGGUGGGAAUACUAGCAUGCUUUAAUCUAAUAACGAAUUAAUAAUCAUUCACUUACUCCUAGUACUUCUGCUCAUUUGAAAUAAUAUAAAUGAAAUACAUCUAAGUUUUUUACUUACCAGUUUAUUAUUACCUGUUUAAUAGUAAAAUUAUUGUGUUAAUUGUUCGAUACUCGACAACCGACGGUAUUUUAAAAAGGUAUAUUUAAAAAUUUAAUCGAAAUAACUGAAUUUUAAGAAAUUCAAUGCAGUUUAUGAAAAAUAGUAUUUACGAAAUAGCAUUAUGUACUAUUGCAUAUAUAUAUUAUAUAUGUAUACUCGUAUUUACCAGUAGGUAUCUAAAUAUGUAUACUUAUUUAUAAUCCGUCCCUCCCCAUAAUGUAGACUGGAUCCGCGCCUGGUGUAGCAAUGGUGCAACUAGGAUUCAUAUUAAGGGAGUAAUGAAUUUAAAAUAAAUUUCGAGACAUGUCCUUGGGAUGAGAAUAAUUACUAAAUAUAAUCGCAGCAUGGUGUACCUACUUCUCGUAUUCAAAAUAACAAUGAAACGUCUAUCUUUUAAAAAAAAAUAAUGCAAUCUCAUAUUUUAGGGGAAAUUACAGAGGGGUUAAAGUAUAACCCUGACCCUCUCUCUAUCCCUUCUUCACUGAUAAAGGUUAUAAUACAAUGUACAUACUCGUGAUUUUUAAUUUUAUUGAUAAUGUAAUUUUUUAAAUUAUAUUAUAUUCGUUAUAGAUAGAAGAUAUGGUUUUGAUAAUUAUGUUGUAAUAUUUCAAAAAUUCAGUAAGUAAAAUUAACUCAAUAUCCAUUAAAUUAUGAUUUAUAAAAUAAGAUUUUAGGAAAUGUAUUAUUUGAUUGAAAACUAUUUUUUUAUAGUUUAAAUUUGAAAAAAAUUGUUUAAAACAGUUUUAAUUUUAAUAAUCAUUUACUUUAUUUUUUAGUUGAAGAGCACGAAAUAAUCAAUUUUGUUAAUGAUUUUAAAAAUCCCGGUAAGAUAAAAAACAAUUGUGAAGUGAUCAGCUAAAAUUUUUUAAGACUAAAAAUUAUGAAUAUGAAAAUUAAAUUAAUUUGUUUAAUAUAAAAAAAAUAUUCAUUUUUUUGGGAGUGAUAAGAGCAGAAUGAGAAAUGUAUUGGUUUUACUAAGAUAUUGUUUACUUUUUUUUUAAUCCAUCAACAACCUUUUUACCACGAAUCUUCUCCGAUUUUUAAGUAUAGCAUCAUUUCUGAAAGAAAACUUUAUCUGGGUGGUACUUGAAGUCAUUUGUUUGAUUUUCCAAAAAGUUUUUAGAAUAAACGGGAAAACCGAGAAAAACGUAGGAAAAAUCUUUAUUUAUUUAAUUAAUUAUUUUCAAUUUUGUUUUUUUGUUGUGAUUUAGUUAAAAAUAUUCUUGAAGACUUGAAAUUUUGACAGAAAACUUAUUUAUUUUCCCUUUCUAAACGUGGUCAAAUUUUCAAAAUAUUUUAGUCAUUUUUUAGUUAUUUAAGUUAUUUAUAAACAUUUUAAUUUUGUGAGUUUUUACGUAAUUGUUAUUUGAUAGGUGCUCUGUGGAUAAAAUUAUUUAACCAAACAGAAAUGCUUGAACAUUUAACAUGAGAUUUCUUUAUUAUACGUUGUACUUUGUCGUAAAAAAAAAAAAAAAAUUAAGUGUAAUAUAGAUUUUUUUUAUAAGAAUUUUAAUAUCAAAUUUUGAUGAAAAUCGUAAAUAUUACAGACUUUAAAAAUAUAACGAAAUAUAACCGAAAUCCGCAUAGAAUCGUUUUUUGUUAGCAAUAUUUAAUUGUUGCGUACAGAUAUACAUUAAAUUUUCUUCUAAAUCGCACCUUCUCAAUUUCUCACCUACAACAAUACCUGACCCAUCGCGCGAAAUAUGUCCGUCUUAUUCAUAUCUUUCUUCAAAAUUAUAUUCUUUAUAAGUUAUUUACAGGUUUUUUAUUUUUAGUAUUUGUAUACAUGUAUAUUAUAUAUACAUUUUUAUUAUUUCCCGAAUUUAUCAGUUUUAAACUAUAAGAUCUUAUUUUAUCGGAAGAUCGCAAAAUUUCCGAUAAAAUAGUAAAUAUUUGUAUUUUGUUUUUUUUUCCUAGAUAAAAACGCAUGUAGUGUUGAAAUAUGGGGUGGUAAGUUAUUGUUUUUUUGUUAAUAAAUGAAGGGUAUAUGGAAAAAACCAGAUAAGUCACUUUUUUUCCGAAAUUACGAUAUUGGUUUUAAAUAAUUUGUAUUGAUGUAUUGUAUCUUUAAUGCGAAAAAAACAGUUUACUCGAAAGUCAUGAGUGCCAGAAGUUAGGCCUACUGGAAAAAAAAUACAGAUAAGUCAACUGAUAACCAAAAAAGUGUUAGAUUAAUGCACGGUUAUAGACACGGUGUUAAAAAAACAGGUCCGACGAUUAUCACUCUCCUGUCUAGACCGACGGUCGCUUACUGAGUCAGAUUUAGUUCACUAUUUGCUCACGAACGCUGCCGGUUAUACUUAUUGAGGUUAUGUAAUUAUGUUAUGAUAUUAAUAUACCAUGGAACCUGUAUAUUUCAAAUGUAUGCAACCAUUACCAUGAAAUUAAUUAAUCAUUAAUUAAUGAUCAUAUUCAACAUAAUAAUUAUUAAUGUAUUGAAUAAACGUAUUAAAUUAACAUAGAAUGCAACACCGGAUCAAAAGUAUACUAAAAAUAAAAAAUAUAUUUUCAUUUUUAGUUACUGGAAAUAAAUACUGUUUGUAUUUAAAAUCGAUCAUUUUUUCUGAAACAACUGGUAUGUAUAAUAAAAUAUAUUUGAUAAAUACAUUUGAAAAAAAUAAAUAAAAACAUUAAAUUUACAAUUUGUGUACAAAAAAGAACACAAUUAAUAAAAUGUACAAUGAAGUGGUGGCAUGAUGAAGGAUAACAUCCACUGACUCUACUUCAAACGUUAAAAUUUAGUUGAUAAAGCAAGUAGAUAACGUGACAAAUUAAGUACGUUUUUAACUGUCAGAAAUUAAAAUAGAAAAGAGAGUAUAUAUUAGUGGGUUAAAAUGGUUAUAGGAGCAUAGCAAUUUGAAUAGUAUAAAAACGGACAUAUUUUGCACGUGGAUGCAGCUACUGUUGUAGGUGGGAAGUUGGGAAAGUAGAUUACAAACCGGAAUUUAAUCUAUACGGAGUGAUCUAUUUAUCGUAAGAUACUCAUUAUCUCGGAAAUUAUUAACUUUUUUCGCAAUUUGUUUUAAAUAACAUUUAAAAAACAAUCUGUUUUAAAAUUUAACAAUUACAUUCUCUUUUGUCAUCCUAAUUUUUAGGGGUGAAACGACUACCUACUUUUGAUUUUCAAAUGGCAACCUAUAUUAAAAAUUCCAUAAAUAAAUGGAGUAGUAGUUAAAAUAAAUUUUUGUGGUACAUUUAGGUAUACAUUAAUUUUUUAUUACUUCCAUUGUAAAUAAUAUUAUGUAAAUAUAUAAAUAAUAUUGUAUUUAUUAUUAUUAGCUAAAAGUAAUUUUAUUUUUUGUAAUUAAAGCAUUGCAUAAUGACUUAGGUAAGUCAAGAUGAAUUUUAUAAUAUUUGUAUUUUCGCACUUUUGAAAUUAGUAAAAAUAUUAAAAUAGCUACUCAUUUUUUUUUCUGAUUGAGCGAUUGCAUAUGUGAGGCUAUCACAUAUGCAUAUUAAAAAAAUAUUAGAUACAUUUUCUUAAUUGGUAUCAAUUAUGCUCAAAAUCGAAGUAUAAUAAUAAAUUAUGUUUAAAUUAAGUGACCAUGUUUUAUUCGUAUUUGUGAAUUAUAUAAAUACAAAUAAUAAUAAUAUUAUGCUAAGAGGACGCUACACAUGGAUUUGUUGUUUCCGUUUUACAAACCCACAAUAGACCGGGUGAUCCAUUUAAGUGGGUACACUCAUUAUCUCGGAAAGUAUUAACUUUUUUCAGAAUUUGUUUUCUAUAAAAUUUGAAAAACAAGCUGCUUUACAAUAUUAUAUGUUACUUUGUGUCACCCUUAUUUUUGGGGAUAAAACUACUAUCUACUUUUAAUAUUCAUAUGGCAAUCUAUAUUUAAAAGUCCAUAAAUAGAUGGAGUGUUAUCAAAAUAAAUUUUAGAGCUGAAAUUUUUGAUUUCUGUCAAGCCGUUAACGAGAUAUUCUACUUUGAAAUUUAGGUUGGAGGAGAGUAGUAGUCACUGAAUUCUAUACAUGGAACGCGUAUUGCAUAUGCUUUGUGUAUUGAAAAGUGUCCUUCGAUAGGCGGCCGUCAUUUUGAUUCCGAUGGUGAUUUACUCUAUAAAAAACAUAAUGAAUAAACCGAAUAAUCUGUGAUUAUAUCAGAGAAUAACAUUAGGUGGAAAUUAGAGAUAGCCGAUAGGAUGAUAGUAAAUAGGUAUUGAUAAAAAAAAAAUUUUAAAACAAUAAGAAUUAUUACUUUAAAGUUUAAACGUUUUGAAGUAUAGCUGUAUAACUAACUGUGUCAAGAUCUUUUGCUUAAUUUUCCUAUUAUGAAAUAAUAUUUUUUUUUAUUUCAUGGAAAUUUCUAAUUCUGAUAAGACAUAGGGAUAUAACUUUUAUCAUUAUUGUAAUAUGAUUUUCUUCAUAGUCAAAAACGUGAAAAUCAAUGUUCAUGAACAAGUGUUUGUCGAUGAGGCGACUGAAAACUGCUAUGGGUACAUUUUUAGAAAAAUCUUGGUGACCAAAUUUUAAAAUAUAAUAUACAUAAUAAUAUUAUAUAAUUUUAAUAACAUAUUUAAAAAAUAGAAAAGGAAGUAGUGUGAUAUAAAAAAAAAAAAUACUAAUACAUGUAUUAAUUAAUUAAUUUUACGUUUAGCGGCCUAAUGCGUGUUCUAUGUAUAGAGUUAAGUGGUAGUAGAGCAUUAUUAAUACGCUGCACGCCACACAAAUGAUACUCCUCUACUCUCCCCCGACCAAAAAUUAAAAGUAGAAUAUCGUGUCAACGGAUUGAUGAAAAUUAAAAAUUUAAACACCAAUAUGUAUUUAACUACUACUCCAUCUAUAUAUGAAAUUUUUAAUAUAAGUUGUCAUUUAAAAAUCAUAAGUAGAUUAUACUUUUACCCCCAAAAAUUAGGGUGCCAAAAAAUAACAUAUAUAUAUGUAAAAUUUCAGAGCUGCUUAUUUCUAAAAUUUUCUAGAAAACAAAUAUCGAAAAAAGUUAACACUUUCCGAGAUAACCAAUGUACUCACUUAAAUGGAUCACCUGGUAGUUAAAACACGUUUAUGCUGACUACAAAACCUCCAGAACUCAUUUAAUUUUGACUUUAGAAUAAAAACACUUAUUAUAAAAUUAAUAGAAAAUAAUAUUCCAAAUAUAUUGUUGUUUUUCCAUUUUCUCAGAAUAUUUACCAUUUAUAAAUAACGAUUUUUUUAAUUUACUAAAACUUUUGAAAACAUUUUUUUUUUCAAAAAAACGCAACGUGUUACUCUAUGGAGUAUUGUUCUCUAUUAGUUUUAUAACAGGUGCUUUUACUCUAAAACUAAUCUAAGUAAGUUCUGUGUAGUCUGCGUAAGCAUGUUUUUAUUAUAUUGCGUAUUUGUAAGGCGGAAAUAACAAAUGCAUGUGUAGCGUACUCUUAAAUAUUAUUAAUAAACUUUAUUAAGAUUAUGACAUUUUUUUGAAACUUUUAUUAUGUAGGUGGUCCGGAAUACCAAAAAAUUAUUGAAGAAACAGAAAGUAUGGCAUAACUAGUUAUAAUAGUUACCUAUAGCUAUAUAGAGUAAAAAAGUUUUAAAAGUAGUUUUUCGAAUAAUUUUGAUGUUUGGGGUGAGGUCCUCAGACCAAAGAGCAAAGACCUCAUAAUUAAGUACGAUCAAGGGCUCACUAGGAAAAUCCGAUUCUUCUUCUUCUUCAUUGGCAUCACAAGUCUUCAAGGAUUUUGCCGCCACCGACACUACCUUCCACUCUUCUCUAUUUUUUACUUUUUCUUCCCAAUCUGGUAUCCCUAGUUUCUCUAAGUCCUGCUUUAUUUCAUCUAUCCAUGACUUCUUUGGACGUCCUAUUGGUCUCUUCCCUAUGGGUUUCCACUCGACUGCCGCUUUAAAGUACUCUGAGUCAAGCCUUCUCAUUACGUACCCAAACUAUUUUAUUCUUUGUCUUUUCAGAAAGUUGAUUAUCCUUGGAACCCCUGUCAAAUCUCAGAUCUUUUAUUCCUUCUGCGCCAGAAUUCGAGUUCGUAGUCGUGUACUAGGCUGCAGAUGAUUCUCAGUAUUUUGUUUUCAAAUGACAUAAGUUUUUAUUCCAUUUUGCUAGUAAAAAGGUCAUACCUCACAUCCAUAUGUUAAUGUUGGUCUAAUUAUUGCCGUGUAGAGAUGUACUUUGGUUCUUCUGGAAAACAGUUUAAUUUCUAAAUAUUUAGUUAACGAAAAUAAUACCUAGUCUGCCUUAAUGAUUUGGCUAUUCAAUUCAAAAACUCCAUUACUUUGGUUUUAUUAUGAUUCAAACCAAUGGUUUUGACUUCAUUAAUGAGAGCUGCGGUGCUCUAUGCCACACUCUCUCCGUCGUCACCAACUAUAUUUAAGCCAUCAGCAAAACCUAAAAUAUCAAUCUUCAUUCUGCCGACGUCAAAACCAUAUUUAUUUCUUUGUAUACUCCGUACAAUUUUUUCCAGUACAAUAUUGAACAGUAGUGGUGAAAGAGCGUCACCUUGCUUUGGGCAUGUUACCACUUGGAAUUCCUCGGAUAGUACGUUGUCAAAUCUUACUUGGUAUUUUGUGCCAAUUUAGCUAAUCGGCAAUACUUUCAUGACAUAAGACGUCUCAAACACCUAAGACCCAUAUGACUUAGUAUAAGAUUCUUAAACUAAGGACUUCACACAUGUUUUUUUUUCCUGUUAGAAUUCUUUAUUUUAUUUUAUUUGUUCAGCGAUUUGUAACGUGUACCUAGAUAUUUUUGUAUAUUAGUCACUAUAAGUAUUCAUGUACACUUUUGAAAUGCAUUGUCAAAGAUCUUUGAUCGUUAAAUAAAAAUUUUAGGAUGGUUUAAUAAAAAAAAUAGUUUUUUUGUACCUGUCAAAUCUUAAUUUUAAACACGACGGUUUAAUGGUAUUAUAUGGGUGCCUUUAAGAGUGAAAAUUUCAAAAAUCCUUCCUUAUUAUCUAAUAAGGAUGUUCAUGUUAUAAAAGAUAUUUACUGUUCAGAUUUCAAUUCUCUAACCCCAGUGGGCUAGGCUAUGUGUUAACAAAUCAGUCUGUUAAUUUCUCCUUUUAUAACACAAAUUUAACAUAUUUAAGGUUUAAGCGUAUUUUUUUUUUUUUUUGUGAACUAAGUAAAUAAAAUCAACGAACUGUAUUUUAAUUAUUACAUUAUUGAUAAAAGUGACUUUUUUUUUUGUCGCUGUAGAUUUUCUGGAAGUCAAAAAUUAUUCGGACGAGGAGUUUAAAGAAAUAGAAAGUAUGUCAAAACUAACUAUAACAAAUUAAUAUAUAAAAAUAAAUUAGAAAAAGUUUGGUAUGUUAGGAUGGCAUCGAAUAAAAUAAUACAACCAUAAUAUUGUAAAUACACGAGCUAUUGUUUAUUACGUACAUGAAGCGAGACGGUGACAGACGAACCACACAAAGACAUAUAGAACUUAGUAACCUCUCUGAUAAGAAGUUAUCGUGUGAUAUGACCCACAUGAUCGAUUAUCAAAUUAUUUUAAUUACAAACAGACUUAAACUCAAUUCGACAUAUAUUAUUAUUCGGGGAUUAUCAUAACCACACACAUUUUGACAAUGGUUAACCUGUCACUAGUUCGUCACUGAAUUAUUAUUAUGUACAAUAAUUAAAAUAUUGAUUCUGAAUAUUUGAUAACGUAUCUUAUUUGGAGAAACUUGUAGUAUAGAAAUCUUCGGACAAUCCCAAAAGUUUUAUUUUUAUCAACUUGCGAUUUUGAUUAACUGGAGUGUGGAUUUAAACGAUAAUCUGAUUUGAGAUAAAUGUAUGUAUUAUUAUUCGUACGAUCGCAAAAUUUUAAAUUGUCGAUCAAAAGUGUGUGGUUUUCAGCGGUCGACCCUUUAAGAACAUCUACUGAACAAUAAAAAAAAAUGAGCGAAAAUUACUUAUAGAAAGUAUGUGGUUAUGAACAACGUCCGAUGGUAUUAACAGCAGGGGGUAGGGGAAUUUAGAUUUUCCGAAAAUUUAUAAUCCGGAUUUUUGGAAUCUGAAAUUCAAAAAUGUACUUAUAAAAUUAGGAUUUUAAUUUUGAAACUUUAAUUUUAGAUUUUUUUUAUGCAUUUUUCAUAUAGUUAAAAAAAACUAACUAUAAUUAUAAAUUUUAAAAUUUAAAAUGAAAAUUCUCGUAUUCCGAAGUCUAUAUUGAAAAAAAUCAGUGUUUUCGGAAUUUUUCGUCUGAAAUUCGAAAUCCGGAUUUUCGUAUUUAAAAUAACAACAAUUAAAUAUACAUAAAAAUGACAAUUUAACAAUAUAAUAAUUAUUAAUAUAUAAAAGAAGAGCAUAUAAGCACCGCGUUGUCAAGGGACAUACACCGGUGCAAGGGCUCAUUUCGAACAUAAUUUAUAAUGGACGAACUAAUAUAAAAUAGAGUAGAACGGCGUGAAGAACGAGGAGGCAUCUUAAAAGUUAUUUUGGAAAGUAGGUUGGGAAAAUCUAUAUGUCCAGUUAUAACUGUAAGCUAAAUAUUUAGGUUAGCAUGUCUUCGGUUAGCCAAAGUCUCGAGGCCAAGGUAUUUAAGGAAGAGUAUUUGGUCAUGAAAGAACAAUUUUUAGAGUCCAACUAGUGAAGUACAACAAUUUUCAUUGGAUUUGCUUGCAGUAUAAGGGUCUCAAACUAUUGAAUUAUACUCAAGAAUUUGGCUGAGAAAUUUAAUGGAACUGCUAACUUAAACUCAGCCGAAGUACGUUAAAUAAAGUCUAGGGUUUAAAGGGCUUACAACUAAUACGUUGGAUAUGGAUAUUAAAACAUAAAGUGGGGCUAGACAUAAAACUCAAAUCAGUUACAGACUUAUUAUAAUAUGGGAUGACUGAGAUAGCUGAACCACUUAGAUACUCGUAACUACCUAUAUUCAAAACUAUAAUACAAUAUUUACGGUACCUUCUAUUAUCUUAUAUAUUUUAAUAAAUUGCAUUAAUUAUUUACAGUUCAAAAUAUAUAUAUAUAUAUAUAUAUGAAUAAAUACAUAUUUGAUAUUUGUGUAAAUAAAGAGUUAAAGUGUAUAAAUAUUAAAUUUAUAUAAGCUCGUAAAUGAACAUUAGGAACAGGGUGUAUCUUGAAAAUCUUGCCUAGAGUAAUAUAUUGUUUUAAUCUAAACCUAACAACGGCACGUCUAAUGUAGAAAUCUCUUAAAUAGACCAAUGGAUAACUACACGUAAUUUUAUAUAAAUAAUGUUAUCACCUUAUAUCGUAGCAGCAAAUAUGUAGCUCCAACUAUAAAAUAUUAAAAUAAAGGUGAACUAAGUCGAGUAGCACGGAAAACUGUCACUUAUAUUAAUCGCAUCAUUAUCUCUAAAAGUCGAAGGCUCAGGUCUGUUUUAUUUGUAUUUUUAAACUAUGAAAAUAUAAACAUCGAACAAUGUUUAAUAAUAAUAUUGUUUAUGAUCGUGACACGAUGAACACGUUUUUUUUUAUAGGUAAUCAGGAAUACGAAAUUGAAACCGACGAUGUGCUCGAAGAAUCUCAAAGUAUGUCAAAACGUGUUUUAACUAAUUAAUAAUAUAUAAUAUGUAGGUACAAACAUUUGACACAAAUAUAUAGAUUCCACCUCUGAAAUUAAAAAAAAAUAUAUACAUUAAUAGAUUUAGUAGAAAAGAAAUAGUCACAAGUAGUUACACGGAGCGCCUCUAUGUGGGCAAAGUGCGUAAUACAUAUUUUGAAUUAAACGUCACCAAAUUAUUUGCCGUGUUUUCCAUAAUUUCCUCUGAAAAUACUGUUAUAAAACGGUUACUACUAUUGUUAUUAUUAUAGGUAUUUAUUACGGUUGUAUUUCCUUGAAAAUCACUUUUUGUAUUAAAUUCCGAGAUGGCUGAUUUAAAGUUCUCACUCACUGUCGUGGGGACAGUGGCGGUAAAAUGGUAUACACAUAGUAACAUUUGUUUUAAUUAUUGCAGGUUCGUUUGGUGAUUUAGGCGAAAUAGACGAUGAUGUCGAACUUGUUAAUUUCUUGAGUAACAAUGAUAUUAUUAAUGAUACUAACGAUGGUACCAAUUUAGGACGUAAGUCUUGUUUUAAUACUAUUUAAUAAAAUCAAACCAUUGAAACAAAUAAUAUAAUUUAUUGUAACUUAGCUGUUAAAUUAGUAUUUUUUUCUUGGUAGGGACGGAAAGUUUAAAUUAAUUAAUUUUGUUUUUUGUAACAGUCAUUGCAAAUUCAGAAGUUUGGUGUCAAGCCAAUGAAAGUACAUUCUAAGAAUCUAUAUUAAUAUAAUAUAGUAUAUAGUAAUAGAUUUAAUUAUAAACUACAGUUCAAGUACCUAUAAAGCAGGCAUAUAGCUAGAGGGGGUUGUCAUGUGGUCUGGACCCCUUUUCCAAAAUUUAAACUCCUUACCAAAAUAUCAUAUUAUUGGUUACAUUAAAUUUUAUGUUUAGACCCUCCCCUCAAAAAAAAAUCUUGGCGACGUGUCUGCUAUAAAGAAUAUAAAGUUCAUAAUAUAGGCUUUUAUAUAAUAUUAAAUAAUAAUUUUGAGUGAUACAUAACUUAGUGUCACUUGAUUAUGGAUUUGUUUUGUUUUUUGUUUUAAAUUUCAAAUGCUCAUGGGUAAGGAAUAGAAGUUCAAAACUUUCGAUUUUUAACCACUUUCCAGUUAGAUCAACUUUAUAUUUUUCAUACCCUCAUAUUUUUGAUGACAAUACAAUAAUCAAUAAUCACGUUUUCCGUUUUCAAAAAGUAUAGAAAAUAUUUUUUACUGCAAGUGGCUAUUCUGAAAAAUUUUUCAUUAUCAAAAAAUGCCUCAUUAAAAGUUUAUUCAUAUAUUAUCCACUAUAAAUAUUCCGUGAACAGUUUGUAUGUUAUCAUUCACUAUACUUGGUAUACUCAUAUUUAAUUUCGAUAUUAACAAGGUAUAAUAUUUUCCAUUAUAAUGUACCUUUUAGUAUAGUUUAAAACAUUGUUUUUUUAAAUUUGUAUUUGCUUAUACAUAAUAUUAAUGCAUAAUAUUUUCUGUUUAGAAAAUGAAAAUACUGAAACAAUUCAACCUGAAAUAAUAUGUAAUUAUUAAAAAAAAAUUGUAUUAUUUAUACUUAGGGCGUAGUAUAUACGUAUAAGUUAUAGAUCCCCAUUGACCUUUUAUAUAUUAUUUACUUAUUGUAUUAAUUUGUUAAUAAAUAAUAUAUAUUAAAAAAAGAUGGACAUACUUCGCACAUGAGUGCAGCCACUGUUGUAGGUGAGAAGUUGCGAAAGUAGGAUAUAGAAAGAAAUUUAAUGUAAGCCACGAUAAACCAUUGCUAACAAAAAAACGAUUCUGAGCGGAGUUCAGUUGAUAGUGAUACUUAAGUGUAAAAUAAAAAAAUAUAAUAUAAUAUAAAAAUAAUAGUUAAAAUAAUGAAUCGAAGUCGAAAUUUAUUUUAUUUUAAUAUAGCUCGGUCAAUAGUAUUACUUUGACAAUGUGCGUUUUCAUGAUAACAAUGAUUGUUUAAAAAAGAUUAAAAUAAUAAAAACUUAAUAAUAACAAAAAAUAAAUAAAAACAGUUGCCAAUGAUAACAUUAAUUUUAAUCUUUUAAUAUUUUUUAACUUAAAAAACCAGAUUUUCUUCAUUAUAUCGAAUAUUAAUGAGAAUUUCAAACAUUGACUUAUCUAAAAUACCACCCAGAGAACAUUUCCUUUUAGAAAAGGAGUUAUACUUAAUAAUCGAAGAAAGCUCUCUAGUAGAAAAAGUGUUCACAUAAAAAAAAAUUAACAUCAUUGUAAAACAAAUAUAUUUCUAGCUCUGCUCAGAAUCUAAAAUAAUAAAUAUAUAUUUUAUACAUGUUAUUAUAAAUUAUCGCUUAUUUUUAAAAAAGAUGUUAUUAUGCAAAAUAUCACAGUUUAAGAACGAUUAUAUCUUGCUCUAUAAAUUAAAAUAUCGAUAUUUAGAAUUGUUUAAAUUGGAACAAAAACCAACAUAAAGCAUUACUCUAUCAGAAUAUUUUGCAAAAAAAUAAAAUUCUUGCAUUGAUUCCUAAUUAAAUCAGUGAAGUAAGUUUGAUUUUUAAAAUAUUUAUUGAACGAAUUCAAAUUGUUAUGAUUACAUAUAUAACAUAUAUAUUACAUAUAAAUUGUAUUAUACUAGAUUUGAAAUGUAUAUAAAUUUCAAGUUAUUUUAAUAAAAAUGUAACGAUAUUUUUAUACGGUAAUACAUUUCAAAAUAUGAAUACGAGUCCUAUUAAUUUAUUUUACCAAUUUAUUACACAUAUUCAUUAUUGAUCCGUCUUUAUAUAGUUCACAGGGAGUAUUCAAUCUUGUCACACUCGUCGUCACGCAAAAUAAGUUCAAGUAGGUUUAACAUUUAUUAAUUAAUAAUAAUACAAACGAACAAAUUAAACAUCAAUACCUACUGUGAAUAUUUUGUACUUCUAAAAUAAUUUUAACAUAUAUAAUGUAUUUCAAAAUAAUAUUAUGUACAAAAGAUGAUUUAAAAAUAAAUAUCUGUAAUUAGAAAAAAAUAUUUAAUUUUUCAAAUUUUAAAAUAUUCUUCUUCUAUACCAGAGGUUCCCAAAGUAUGGGUCGUGAUUAUAUUUUUUGUUGGUCGCAUCAUAUUUUUAAAUAUUACAUUUUUUAGAAUUUGAGUGGAAUGAGAAAUGUUUUACAAUGAUAUUUAUUUUUUUUUUCCAUCCGUGAACAACUUUUCUAACUGAAAUCUUACUUCGUUUUACAAGUGUAUCACUAUUUCUGAAAGAAAAUCGGACUGGGAGGAUACUUUAUGGAGGUCAUUUUUUGAUUUUUUAUAUUUAGAGUUUUCCCAAUAAAUGGAAAAAUGUACGAAAUUUAUGUAUUAUUUAAAAAAUAUUACGGCCCUUUUUUUUCCAUUGAACAAAAUUUGUACCAGUAAAUUGGAUUUAUACUUGCAAAUGACAGGAUGUGACUGAACAAACUUCAUAAAUCGUCAAGAAAUGAAAAAUAAACUACAAAAAAAAAAUGGGUCAUUGAUAUUAUUGUGGGGCGAUAAAAUUUAUAUUAUUUCCAAAAUGGGUGGUGCUUUGGGUAACCCAGUUUGGGAACCUUUGUUUUAUACUGUUCAUAGAUCAGAAAAAGUCUCAUCAAACUCAAUGACAUCCCGAAAAGAAAUAAGCAGAAAUAGUAGACAUAAUAAUAUGCAUUAUGAUGUUAUUGAUGACAUAAACCCUAUUUCAUGACUCUACGAUUAUUUUAAAUUAAAUUUUAAUAAAAAAAAAAAAAAAAAAAUAACAAAACAAAAAAUAACAGAUACCAUUAUUUUAUAAAUUUUACGGUUUUUCCGAGAUUUUCGUAUGAUUUUCACAACUAUAGGAAAUCUAUAAGAACAUAUAAAAACAUACGCUAAACACAAUUUAUAAAGACAAAAAAAAAAAAAUAACACAUAAUGACUGGAUUUACAUUUCUAGUAGAAUAGUUGUUCAGACAGAAAAAGCACAUUCCAGUAAAGCCAAUAUAUUUCUCGAUUCACUUAGAAUAUAAAACACUAUUAGUAAAAAUACUAAAUGUAUUGCAUUUUUUUAAUGUUUAUUGUUAUAAAUAUUUACAUCUUUAUAGUUCAAAGCUUUAACUCAUCUUUAUCAAACUCAUCGUCAUCCGAAGAAAAUACAAGUACAAAUAGUAAGCAUACAAUUUAUUUAUUAUUGAUAUAAUGAAACCUGUUAAAUGCAAUGAGUACAUUUUUAUAUACAAAGAACCUUAUUAUUAUGACACCGCUAUAAUUAUUAUAGAUUUGGUCUAGAACGGUUUGAUAGUAUACGACAAAAUUAUUUAUUUAUAUAAAAAGUUAAACAAUUUAAAUAUUUUUUCACAAACUGAAAAAAACGGUUCCCAAAGACUAUAUUAUUGAUAUUCCUAAUCUAUUUAACGCUCAUAUGCGUACACUAUUUGUAUACACGGGGUGAAGAAAUAUUGUUUGAGAACAAUUUAAUGACAUAAGCACUUAUUGAAGUAAUUACAAUGGUUAGUGUGUGCAAUUUUUCGUACUCGUAACGUUAAAAUACCUAAAUAAAUGUAUAUAUAUAAUUCGUAUUAUAUUUUUAAGGAAUGUGAACAUUCAUUGGCUCAUCUUAUAAUUAAUAUUGUAAUUAUUAAUUAUUAUUACAACCUACCUAAAUAUAUUUUGUUGCGCCAAAAUUGAUUAUAAUAAUUUACUGGUUGUUUUAUAAAUAGUGAUAGCUUGUUGAUUUUAGAUUCUGAGUGUAGCGAGAAAUGUAUUGGUUUUACAAAGAUGUUUAUUUUUUAUUUUUUUAAACUGUAUAAAAAAAUUCUACAAGUAAGCUUACUUUGAUGUAUCGUAUACAUCAGAGUAGACCCUUUUCUAAAAAGAAAUUUUCUUGAGUUGUUACUUUAAGGAGGUCAUUUUUCGAUUUUGGUUACAACUGGUACUAACCGCAAACUUAAAUUUAUAUUCUUAAAAUUUGUGAUUAAAACCGAAACCAUGAUUCAUUUUUUCCGAAAAACCAAAACGAAACAGUAACGUUUUGUCAAUUCCUGAAUUGAAUAUCUUUUAAAAUUCCGUCAAUUUUACGAUUUCCCUUUAUAUUUGUACUUAAAUGCUUAUAUAAAAACUAUUAAACAAUGAUCAAAAUUUGUUCACCACGAAGUACAGUAUUAAAUAUUUAAUUUAAUUUAAUUUUAAUAAAACUUGUGUUAAAUUAUCAAUCAUUUCUUCUUAGCCAAAACAAUCCUUAUAAAAUCCAAUAAAAAUUAAAAAUAACUGAUAUAAUACUUUAGAGGUUUUACCAUGUUUAGAAAAGGCCAAUAUAAAUAUUCUUUCUCAACUUUAUGUCCUGCGUUUUUUUUAAACUAAAUAAAAAAAAAAAAGAUAAAAGAUAGAAAAUAACCGGAACUAUUAUUUUGUAAAUAAUACCGUUAUUCCGAGGUUUUCUUAUGAUUUUCACAACUAUUAAAAAAACUAUAAGAACAAUUAAAAAACUAACUUUUUAGGACACAUAUAAGACAUAAUUUUUUUUUAGUAAAGAUUCAACGCAUAAUGACUGAAAUUACAUUUCUAGUAGAAUAUUUGUUAAGACAAAAAAAGCAAAUUUUAUUAAAACCAAUAAAUUUCUCGCUUUAUUCAGAAUCUAAAACACUAUUGGUAAAAAUAUUAAAAAUAUUAUAUUUUUAAUGUUUAAUAUUAUAAAUUUAUAUAUCCUUAUAGUUCACAGGUCUAAUCCAUCUUUACCAAAUUCCGAAGAAGACACAAGUAGGCAUAACAUUAAUUUAUUAUUGUUAAAACGAAAUCUGUUAAAUACCAUGAGUACAUGUUUAUAUACUAAGGACAUUAUUAUGUGACACUAUUAUAAUUAUUAUGAAUUUGGUCUAAUUUGAAAAAAUUAGUAAAAAUAUUUAAUUUUGCAAAUAUUUUAUAUUAUGUGUCUUUAUAGUUCACAGGGGUACCUCAAACUUUCAAAACCUAUUAUCACCAAGAAAAGAAGAUAAAGAUGAUGACGUGAAAUGUAUUUAUUAAUGAUUACAUAAUAUAAUAAACUAAUUAUUUAUACUAAUACAGUUCGUAAAUACUCUUCCAAAUAUUAGUUCAUGAGUGUGUGCCACUAUUUUAGGAUUUUAUGUAGGGAGUUGGGAUAUACAGAUACGUAGAUUAAUUUAAUUUAUGUCUGUCCUUAAUGAUAAUGAAUUUCUUAUGAAAUACGAAACUCUGCAAAUUUUCGUUGAACAUGAUCUAAAACGCUUAUAAAAAAAACUACUACAUUACGCUCAACUUUUCUUUUUUUUAUCACUUAGAAUAACUAGGAACAGUGGGAACGCCCUAUGUAGACGUAGAGAAAGAAGCACGCCCAUCACUUAGUGCGUCGCAAGAUGCACUGCGAUAGCCACUACGACUAGUAAUAGUCUAUGUGGCCUUUUUUAUUUUCUUAUGAUUGCAAAAUUUAAAUUGAAACUUAAGUCCCCAGAGAAAGUGAAUAUAAUCCCCACGAAUAAAUAAGGAUUAACAUUGAAAGGUUGAAAAGAUUGAAAUAUGCCGAGGUUAGGAAACGCUACAAUGAAACGGUUAACAAAAGGAUUGAGAAUGUAAGUAUAAAAGACAUAAACAUAGGCUGGGAGACAAUUAGAAGCAUUGUUUUAAAGGCGGCUGAAGAAUAUGUGGGAGCACUUAAAAAUGUCAAAAAUAGUUGGUAUAAUGAUAACUGCCGAAGAACAAUAAAGAAACGAUGUAGUGCCAGAGAAAGAUACCUCAAACUUGGAACAAGAAUCAGUCAAGAACUAUUUGUAGCAGAGUGAAAAAUUGCAGGAAAGACUUAUAGUGAGAAAAAAGGAAGUUCAUAAACAAUAUACUACAAAACUCGGAGAAUGAUCAUAGUAAACGGAGAGUAAGAAACUUCUUCAGAACGAUCAAACACUAUAAGUAAUUUAACUUAGGUAUUAUUAUGUAGGUGAGUAAAUUAAGUAUUUGUCACAAAAUGACGAAGAUUCUAUGGUACUUACUAGAAAUCAUUUGGAUUUUCUAUGAACCAACGACUAAUCAACUAUUCUACAUAUUUUAAUUUAUUUCUUCAACCAAUAGUGUUAAUAGUUGUAGUACAAUAAAAGAGAGCGAGUAGCACCUAUUAUAUUUUAUAGAUUUCUUGUUUGUAUGAACCCGGUUUUUUUUUCUUAGGGGCUUCAGCGCCCUUAAUAUUAUAACUGAAAUUGCAAACCCCUGGCUAUGAUAACGCUAAAUAAGUGCAUUCUAUAUAACAAAAGGUUUUUACCUCCUUGUAUCUACAAGACUAUAAAUUAUUAUUAAGUCUGAUUAUAACCACCGACCAAAAUUACCUACCCACCCCCACACUAAAUUAAUGGGGGAAGCGCUCCCAAUGAUUCUUAGGUUCGUGUCGCUGGUUUUAAUUAACUUCUAUUUAAAUUUUAGUGAGCUGUUCAGGUAAGAUGAUAUACAUGCACUUAAAAAUAUUUUAUAAUGAUAAUUUUGUAAUAAAAGACUUCAAUGUCUUGUAAGAAUUUAUCGUUACCUACCUAUUAUGUUAUUAUGUAAACGUAAUCUUGCUGAGACAGAAGUUAAAGUGGCUCGAAUCCAAGGAAAAGUGCCCUGCCUCAAACUGCAUUUAAAAGAUGUACUCUUUAACAUAAUCUUCAAAAGGUACUCAGGUAUACUGAAACCUAAGAAGUUGAACAAAAUUUAAUGAUUAAUUAUUAUUCUUCUUUUUCUUCUUCUUUUUCUUCUUAUUAUUCUUAUUCUUCUACUACUUCGUCUUCUUCGUAACUAAUUGAGGUCAACCACUCUCGUUUUAAACUUCCAUUUGACUCGAUCUCCUCCCUCGCCUACAUCAGCUAUACUCAUAUUAUUCUUAAUCACAUCCAGCUACACUUAAUCCUCUGUUUAAAUUUAAUGGUUAAUUAGGUAUUCGCCUAAUUUUUAAUAUGACUAUAAUAUUUAACUGAGGGGCGACAUUUCAAACCCAAUAUUGCAAAAAUUAUCAAAAUUAAGUUUUACAUAGAUUCUAAUAGUAAAAAUGACGGGAAAUUGAAUGGCGUCGUCAGACUUUACCAAAAUAUACUAUUUCCCGAGUAAAAUUUAACAGAAAGCUUCAUGAUUUCUGCAAAACGUAGAGUGGCUUACUUUCAAAUUAUGUGAUUUAGAACAAUUUUGUUCGUGUCUUAUUUUAUAUUAGUAUAAUAAAAAAUGUCAGUAAAAUAGUUAUAUUACUAGGUAUGACUUUUAACAAAUAAUCUUCUAAAUUUUAUUUGUACAUUUUUUUUUCUAAUCUUUGUUUACUUUUUUUAUUUUAAGACUUCAGCUAAUAUUCUUACAAUUAAUUAGAUUUGUAAAUUUUUAGUAAAUUUGUAGGUACAUAUUUAAGAUAUUUAUAAAUUACAAUAUGUAAUAAAAUAUUACGUAUAUUCUAUUAUUAUUUGAUUUUUCACACAGUAAUUAUUAAACCUUAAAUAUAAAUAAAUACUGCGGUGUCCCAUAGUAUGCUAAUGAUUCUGUCAAUAUUAAUUCCUUUUUACAUUUUUUUUUCAAUCUAGUUUCGUGUGAGGACAAAUUUUUAUUUUCUUCCCUUAAUUAUUGAAAAAAAACUUCUUAUUUUAUCAUUUAUACAAAUUUUCAAUAUAGUCAUUUUGUAAAAGACAUUAUUCUAAAAAAAUUGAAUGCGACAUACAUUCAUAUUCGAUCAAUAGUUUUUUAGUAAGAGUUGUACUAAUUUCUAGAAAAUUAACGUACAAACAAUUUAUUUUCUAUAGAACACGUUACGCAAUAAAAAAUCACAAUCAGAAUUUUUUUUUCUAAUUUUUUUUUUUUCAAAACCUAGGUAAAUCAAUUAUUUUCUGUUAACUUUUCUAUAUUCAUUGUUAUUUUUUUUUUUUUGUUCAACUUAUCGCCUAAUUAUAGGUUAAAUCAAUACUUGUACUGUAUUUUAUUUGUGAUUGGACUUGGUCUGUAAUAUAUAUAAUAAAUAAAUAAAUAAAUAAAUAAAUAAUAGUUGUAUUAUAACUACCUACAAUAGAUGGUAAUAAGUGAUAAUUUGAUUGAUAAUAGUAAAUAAGUUAAUGUAUUAACAUAUUUGGUUGGAAAUAAUACAUUGUGGUGAAUUAUGUCAAAACGAAUGAAGUGGUUGAAAUAGUACAUUUGGGAGCGAUUUAAUUCACAAAAUCAUUAUUUAAUGCAUCUAUACUUGAAUUUAGGUAUAAAUAAAUAUUAUAGUUAUAGUUUUCGUUUUUUUUUUUUUUUUAUUUUAGAAUAUUUCAUAUUUUUACUAUGACUUUCUAUUAAGCUACAACAGAAAAUCACUGUUUCCAUAAAAUGUAAAAAAUGACAAUUGCACGUUUUAUAUUGUCGCCUCUCAACUAUAUCAUGAGUUAAGAUUUAAUUGAAUUGAAUUAAGAUACUUUUUAAAUUCGUAACCUAUGUACGUUUAUUAUCAUUUUUAUAUUGUAUUUUAAUUUUGUUACAUUACCUAUAAUAUAACAAACAUAUAGACAUCCUGAUUAUUAACCCCCGCACUCUAAACAUAAAGAAAAAAUAUUUUCAGUUGUAAUAUAUUAUAGCAAAUAUAUUUUAAAAAACUGAAACCAUAAUGUAUUGAAUUAUUUAAUAAUGAAAUGUAUAAAUGUAUUUAACCAAAUUCAUAAGCUAUAGGUUUCAUAUAUUAUGUUCUGCAAAUUAUGUCAACAUAUGAAGUAUUUUUAAUGGUUUAUAAUUUUAUAUAAACUGUUUAAACAGAGACAUUAAAUGAGGCCGGAUUUAAAUGUAAGUAACCUGAUAUGUAGUACGAAAAUAAUAUACGUAUAUAUAUAUAUAGAUUAUAAAAUAAUCAUUCACUCAUUUUUUUCAACAAACGAUCUACUGAUAUAGCUUGCGAAUAUAAAUUGUAGAAAUAAAAUAUAUUAUUAUAUUUACUGUUUAUCAUUAUUGCAAGUAAAACAUACUUUAAUAGAAAUUUUUUUUUUCUAUAGAUAAUCGUGGUAUAGAAAAUGCUGCUGUGGCGUUAUUAUAUCAUAGUAAGUAUGUUAGUAUAUCAGUAAAUUGUAUAGUAAAGAAAAUGGUGUUGAGGCCAAAUGUAAUAUGUCACAAAUUCCAAUUUUUUCAGGAAAAUAAUUUAAAAUUCUUGAAUUUUUCAAAUCCCUAGUCAGCCACUCCCAUCUUAAACUUCCACUUGACCCUAUUCCGUACAUCGUCCUCGCAUACACCCGUCAUCCUCAAUUUCCAAUUACAUCCAACUACCUCUUUUUCGGUCUUCAGAGGAAGCCCCCUCUUUUCUCCUAUGAUUAUUUUUAUUGUAAUCCUUACUACUGCUGAUUUCUUUCUCCUUAUGACAUUCCCAAACCAUCUCAAUCUAUUUUCUUGAAUCCUCACCUAACCUACUUCUUAUGUACUCAUUACCUACCAUCUUCUCUUCCUAUCUUAUCUCGUCACACUACCCAUCCAUCUAAAAUUUAUCAUUUUUGCUAUAGUCAUUUUCUAUUCUAUUUGUCUAUCUACCGCCCAACAUUCUGAACCAUGAAGCCAGACUCUUGUAGAACUUACCUUUAGGUAUCAUUGGAAUCCUCUUGAUUAUUUCAGAAAGCAUUAAAUUUUUCAGGAAUUUGGUUUUUAGAAAAUUUAAGAAACAAGUUACUCUAAUAUUUUAUAUCUAUGUUAUUUUUUGCUACCCUAAUUUUUGGAUGUAAAACCACUACUUACUUUUGAUUUUCAAUUUCAAACAAACUGUCCACACAAAUGAAACAUUUUAAUAUAAUCAGUAGGUACUGGAAUUAAAUAAUUUUCGGGUUAAACACACGAUAAAGUAACUUUGAAAUUUUGUCAUUGUAGAGAAUUUCUUUAACUUUAUUUAGAUUUCUACGAUUAAAAGUAUUUAUUAAUUAUGUAUAUAUAUUGAUAUUAUUAAUUAACUAAUUAAUUAAAUUAAUAAAUUGAUAAAAAAGAAUUACCAACAUAGUUUAAUAUGAUAGUACUAAGUACAAAAACUAUAUAGGUACUAGAAACACGUGGCUGAAACAUUCUGUCCAUACUGAUAAACUUGUUGAGAAACAUAUUUCCCCAUGUUUCAAUUUUUACUUAUACACGAAACAAAUAGGAACUUUUGUUGCUGACAACAUUUGGAAAUAUUUAACAAUUUUAAAUCAGAAACAUGUUGCAACUGAAAAAGUUGCUUUAUGUUGAUCUAGUGUAGACCCGGCUAAAGGUGAAUUUUUAUACUCCAUAAAAAACAAUGUCAUAAACCUAUAGGAAUCACCCACCUGGUCUUUCUACCGGUAGAAGUUUGAGGCCGGCGUUCGCUUAACUCGUAGCACCAUACGAUUAUGUUCUUGUAAGGUUGAAAAUUGGCCUGCUGAAUAUUACAUGAAAUGAUAUUUAAAAUAUGUUCAGCCCUCCGCUUUCCCACAUGGAACGUGUACAUCAAUUUAGGUACACGUUAUUAUCAUAAUUUAUUUAUCGUUUUUAUCGCAUAGUGUAUGAACAAGCUGAGAAAGAACAUGUAGGUAAGUACUUACCUAUUACAACCUGCAUUCUAUCAGAACCGGUGUGAAAUAUUCUGCCACCCCAAGCAAAUACUUAUAUUUAUAGUUACCCUUAUAAUUUAAGCCACCCUAGCAUAGUAUAUUAUAUACGAUUUUCACAUCUUAUGACAAAAUUUCAUCGCCUCCAAAAUAUAUUACACGCGUUUUUAUAAAUGGGAUCUGAUAGAUCCUCACGCGACUAUGGACGUUAAAAAAAUGCACGUGACUGCUUAAAGGAUAAUUUAAUAGUAACAAUUUACCAUAUAGUUAACCCUACUAUCUACUACUAAUCCUACUAGUAUACUACUAUAUUAUUUGUUUACAGUUUUUUUAUCGAUGUAUAUCAAAUAUCUAUACGAUGCACUUGAAAAUUCAGAGAAAAAUUGUAUGUAUUAUUAAUUAUUAUUCGUUAAUUAUUAUACUCUAUUCAUAAAAGUAGAAACUAGUAGCCAACUCAGUGAUAAUAACGUUUUAAAUUUUUAUAUCCAGUUGAAAUAUUAAUAUAUAACUGCACUAAUGAGUAGGCCAUUCUAUGACAGUGUUUCUUAACCUUUUUACUGUCGCAACCCCCUUAAAUGAAUAUUUAAUUUGUUAAGCUACCCUUAAAUAUAUAUUUUAUACAUGGCAAUCCAAUAUUUUAUAUUUUUGGUGGCCUUAAAUAUUUAAUUGAUGAUCCCUUCAACCAAUAUAGACAUAUGGUAUACUAAUCUUGGGCUCCGCAAAUAACUCAAAUAAAAGAACUAUACAAACAUUCCAAAACAUUUGUCUACGGUUAAUCAUAAGUUGCACCUUGGUUCGUCUUAAACAAGACCCUAAAUUCUGACCUUAAAUUACCUUCCAUAAACGAAACUACUGCUACCUAUUAUAAACGCUUUCACGCCAAACUACUAUAUAUUCCAAACUAACUAAUCAAUGAAUUAGCUUCACUAACACUUCCUGGAAACCCUAACAGAUGCCUCAAAAGAAACUGAUGCUGAGAAUUGAAAACUAAUAACUUAAAAAUAUUACAAAGUGUCACAUAUGUGUGAUUUCCUCUUCAUGUUUAUAUAAAUGUCAACUGUCUGUAAAUUAUUAAUAUAACUUAUUGUACAUUCUGUAUAGAUAGUAAUUUUUCAAAUAAAGCUUUUAAAAAAAAAAUUCCUAUUCGCCACAAGGUGAAAACAAAAAAAAAAUGAUUGAAAUAUAUACUUUUAGUCCUUAUUCCAAUGAGUAAUAUAAAAAAAACCAGAAUUUGAUUAUCUUUAUUAUCUCUAGAGAUGUUACUGUGAGUAGGACCGUGUCUUCCCACGUCACUAACUCCCAUUUUGCCGACAAAUACAUCGGUUAUAUUACUAUUUUUAAUUGAAAUAUUAUUGAAUUGAAAUUAUUAUUACUAAAGAAAUUCCAUAACCACAAUUGCGGCGAAAAGUAUUGAUUAUUUUUGAAAUUUAUUUUGUUUGAAAACUUAAAAAACAAAUAUUACUGAAAUUGUAAAUAUUAACUUUUUUUUUGUCACACUUAUUUUGGAGGGUGAAACGAUUACCUAAUUUUGAUUUUCAAAUAGCAACCUAUGUUGAAAAUGAAUUAAAUAUAUGGAGUAUUAGUUAGAAUACAUUUUAGUGUGGACAUUUUUAAUUUCCAUCAAUCCAUUGACCGAAUAUUUCACUUUUAACUUUUGGUCGGAGGAGAGUAGUGGUGCAUUUUUAAAACUCCGCGCGCCGUACCGUCACAUAAAUGAUGUUCCACUACUCUCCCCCGACCCAAACUUAAAAGUGGUGAAAUAUCUCGUCAACGGAUUGACGGAAAUUAAACAUUUCAAUACGAAAAUAUAUUUUAACUAAUACUCCGUCUAUAUAUGUGAUUUUUAAUAUAGGUUACUAUUUGAAAAUCAAAAGUAGAUAGCCGUUUCACCCCAAAAAAUAAUGUAAAUAUAAAAUUGUAGAGCUACUUGUUUUUUAAAUGUUCUAUAAAGUAUUCCGAAAAAGUUAAUACAUUCCGGUAUAAUGAGUGUUUAACGAUAAAAGAAUCACCCGGUAUAUAUAAUAUACGAAUAUAUUCCUUGUAAAGUCCUAUAUAUAUAUAUGUAAAUAUAUAAUUUUCAAUUUUUAUUUAUUUUUGUCCUGUCCUAAUUUUUACUAAUUUUAAAUUUUGUUCGGACAUUUUUUUAUUACUUAAAUACAAAAAUAUGAAAGAAAAAAUAUAUACCUUUCAGAUGAGCGACUUUUAAUGGGUUCAAAGGCUUGGUGUAAGCAUAAUUUAUUUCAUUUAUUUAUUUAUAUAUCUUUUAAUUCUGAGAAGAAGCACUGUGAAGAAUGUACUGAGUUUGCCAUAUGUUUUUUUUUCAGUCUAUUAAUAAUUUGUCUACCAAAAUUCCUCUUCUUAUUAUCGAAUAUUGCAUCUUUUCUGAAAAUAAAAUGUUAUGAAUUUAGUGCAUUAGAAGAUCCAUUCUCUAGUUUUUUUUUAGAAACCUAAAAAUGUAUGGUAAUUGUUUCAUUAUUUUCGGUUUUAUAUUUUGGAUAUUAGAUUAAAAAUAAUCAUAGAAACCUGACAUUUUCACAAAACACUUAUAUAAGCUUUUUUUAGAUGUGUUCAAAUUAAAACACUCUAUAAAAACUGUAUAUAUUUAUUCGUUUUUAUACUUAAUAUGCAACUACCCUAAAUAUAUAAUUUGUGAUGUAUGUUUGGUUUAUCAACUACAGUAUUUUAAUACGUAUAGGGAGGAUAUUUUAUUAUUUUUUAUUAUUAUUUUAUUAUUCUAGGUUGUGUGGGUAAGAUAUAUUAUAUAAAUAUCCUAUAAGUACGAGUAUAUGUAUCCAUUUAUAAAUUAUUUUUUACUGUAACUUUUUUUUAAAAAAAGUACGAUCCAAUUAUUGAAAUGUAUGGACAAAAAUUGCACGUGAAAAUUAUUGAAAAUAAAAAAUUAUAAAUAUUAAUGUCCUUCUUCUUGAGAACGAAGAUAUAAAUUAUAGGUACCUAGCAAAAAAAUAUUGCAGAAAUCCACAAUAUUGGAAAAAAUAAUCUGUGUCAGUUUUAAUUAUUUAGAUCCUUGUAAAAAACAAAAAUAUUUCGAUAAAUGUAUAUUACAUGAAAAAUUUAAUACAACGUUCAACUUAAUAUUAUAACAGAAUGCUUAACUACAGGUGGAUAUUAUGGUAAGAUUUAAUGUCAUUUAUUUUCUAAAAUACACCAAUUUUAAUUUUUGGUAUGAUUUUUGGUCGGUUUUCGUUAUUACGGUUAUUAAUUACUGCAAAGUUGUAUAAGUUGACUUAUAUUAGCAUUUUAAAAUAACAAAUUAAUAUUUAUCAAUAUUAAAGUUGUAUUCAGUAUACUCAAGGAACAUACUGAAGAAAUGUUGGGUUAUGUUAACAAAAUAUAAAACUAUCUUGCUGAAACGCAUUUUGUUUCCUAAAAUUGUUUCUAUUAAAAUUAUAUCGUAAAUGAUCUAAUAAAAAAAAUAGUGCAAAGUUUUUCAUUGAUAUUGUAAUUUCACAAAAUUUAGGUAAAUAAAAUCUGUAUGAGAGAUGUAACUGGGAGAUUGUUGGAAGUGGAAGUUUUUCUACUAACUGCUAAUUAAAAGCAAUUUGAAAACUGGCCUUAAAAGGCAUAAAUAAAACAAAUUUUAAUAAUAAUAAUAACUAUAAUGAUACGAAGAUAGAUUUUUAAUACCUAAUAAAACCAAUUCAUUUAUCGGGAAAAUAGGAGUAAAUGACAUGGGAACUAACAUAGUAUAUUAUUCAUUAUGUUACAUAUUAUAAUACCAGAGAAACUAAAAUAAUUUUUCAUCCAGCUGACUUAGAUGGUGCGUCUAAUUAUUACAUGGUGAUAGUAAAUACAUGGAGUAAGUGAUAAAAAUUAUGAAUAUAAUGUACACAUUUUCUUUUCGAUUUCUUACGUUAUAACAAUUUGUAUAACUAAAAUAUUUUUCUUUAAAUACCUACUAUUUGUUUUCACACUCACUACACUCACUCACUGAUACAUUACAUUAACUUUCAAAUAAAUUAAAUAAACUAUCUUUUAUAAUAAUAUUCACUCUUAUUAAGUUAUUAAGUGCGCCCGUAGAAUAAAUCCCACCUGUUGUAACCGGGUAAAUUAAUUUGUUGACGCGGACGAAACGUUAAUUUAUCGUAAAUUAAAAUUACCCACAAUCGUGACUAUAAUAUUAAUAUUUCAUAGAAACCAUUUAGUAUUGACAUCACUGUCAUAAUAUGGCAUACAUGGUAUACAUAUUAUUUUAUACAUUAUAUUUCCAAAGCAAAUUAAUUAUUGAUAAUUUCAAAUGAAGAAUGUAAAAAUUAGUUUCGAUUUUUUAUUGAGUAGGUAUUAAUGAAAGGUAUUACUAGGUAUUUUGGUACUAGUUAUUUUUAAAAAGGAACUCUUAAAGAAAGAGGAAUGGAAACGAUUUUUUUUUUUAAAGGAACACUGUAUAUUGUACACUAUAUAUAAAUAUAAAAAUCAAACUAAAUGGCUAUUAAUAGAAAUAAAAUGAAAUCGUUGUAUGUUACCAAGUUGUUCAAAUUAUUAUUUGUAUUUCAAUUUUCUAGAACUUGAUUGUGAUAGAAUAGAAGAAAAUGGUAAGGCUGCAUACAUUAACUACAUUAAUAGUUUAAAUGUAAAGUUUUUUAUUACUGAAAAUUAUUAAAUAAUGCUGAAUCAAAAUAUAAUGUACCUUAAUCAAAUAUAUUUUUAUUUUAUAGGACUUGUAAAGCAAUACUGCGUAUAUCUUGAAAACAAUUAUUCUCUUAAUGGUAGGUUUUAUUCAAAUAAGAAUAACGCGCAGGUAUAAUAAAUUUCAUACACUUUCAAAAAUCGAUGUUUUCAUGAAAUGAAUAACCCGGGCCGCUUGUAAACCUUAUUCACGGAACUCGUUCUUAUAGAUAUACCUAAUUAUUAUAAACUAAAAUUGUACAAAAUAAUAUAAGUAAACUAUUUCUAAACCUAUUUAGCCAAUAAAACGCUUUUACUUGAGACUAUUUUACAAGUACCUUGAUUGUGUAGUAAAAUUAAUUACUAUAGUAAACAACUUAUUUGUGUUAGUAGCGCAAAUGUCCAAAGAUUAUAAUUUUUAAGGUUUCAAUGCUGAAUAGUUUACAUUAUUUGCUUAUAUUUUAGUACGUAAAUUGAGGGAGAGGCUGGCUGGCUUAAAUGCAUUCUUACAUAUUAGGCAUCUUAGGCAUCUUACAACAAUAAGAAAAUGUAUAAGGUUUACUAAGAAUUGCCAUAAAUUUCGAUCGAAUUCAUUAUCAUUUAUACUUAUAUCGUGAUUUGAUAAUAUUCUAUUGUUCUUUAAAGUUGCGUAUAAAAUAUGAAUACGCAAUAAUAUUUAUAAUUUUUUUCAAUCAAAAACUUUACAUUUAGGGUGAAUAUAAACGUACAUACAUACCUAUUUUACGCUGCAAAUGUUAUCAAAAAAUCAAUAAAAAUAAUUUAGUCACCACCAUUCAAUAUGUUAAAGUACGGCACAACAAAUUUAAUUCGUUGCAAGAAUACAAAAAUUAUAACUAAAUAUUACUUAUUACUAUAAAUCGUAAUACUAGUACCAAAAAUAUACUACUACUGAAUUUAAAUAGUAGGCGUAGAAAGAACACACGGGUACCUUCUAAUUAACAUAUAAAAUAAAAUAAAAAACUGUAAUUUAAUAAUUUAACCAAAUUUAAAAAAAUAUAUGCAUAAUAAUAUAUUUCUAUUAGAAAUCUACUAGAAUUUCUACUAGAAAUGGACUAAUACUAAAUUCAAUGAAAAAUAUAAUAUGACUGUUUUUUCAUCUCACCUGUGGGUAAAUAGAAACACCAAAUUUAUAAAUAUAAAUAAAAGUAUACAUUUCAUAAUUGGUUUAUAUUUAUAAAAUAUUAAAUCCUUUUGUAUAGCAUCAUUUCCGAAAUUUGAAAAAAAUGUAAUAUGUACUAGGGAUGGGAGCGGCCACUGUUAUAGGUAAAAAGUUGGGAAGGUAGGAUACAUAAGGUUAUUUCAUUAAAUUACAACAAUAAACCAUUGCUUGACGAAAGACGAUUUCGAGAGCACUUCGGUAUUACAUAAUUUAAAGUGUCGUCAUUUUUUUUGCGAUUUUCGUUUAAAUUUGAUUUCAAAACGCUUAUUGAAAAAAAAAAAAAAGUCGUCCAAUGAUUUUGGAAAUUUUACCACGUCUAAGUAAGUCCAAUAUAAGUAUUAUUACCAAGUUUUAAGACUGCAUGUACUCUAACCGAAUUACAGCAAAAAUUAAAAUUUCUUAAAAGCUCUAAAGUGGAUCGAAAAUUAAAUAAUUUUUUCUAGUAGAAAACGUCGUCCGUGUUUUUGUAAAAUAAUGAAAUCAUGAAAUUGUACGUUUUCCUAAGUUUUUUCCUAUUUCAGUAUAUUUAUUUAAAAAAUGGCGUCAAAAAUCAAAAAAUAACCGUUUUAUAGUACAAUCUAAACAACUUGAGCUUUCAGGAAAUGUACUACACGUAAAAAUCGGAGCAAGUUUACUAGGAAAAAACGUGUCCACAGACUAAAACAAAGAAAAAAAAAAGAAAUAAUCUUAGUAAAUCAAUAAUUCUCGCUACGCUCGGAAUUUAAAAGUGUGAAAGAGUUAAUACUUUCCAAGGUCAUAAUCUUGAUCACCAUUUAUAAGUACAAUGAAUUUAUUUAACUAAAACCUGUACAACCUAUACAGUAUACACUUUAACAAACCUAAAAAAAAACCUAUACAAGUGACGAAAUCAAGGGAAACAUGGCCAGCCCUCCAAAAUCAAAACGGCUUUAUUGGUUAUUUCGGUUAUUUUACUGCUAGCCUAUUUUACCCAUUUAGUUUUUAUGUAUGCUAUUAAACAUUUAAAAACAAUUAAUACUACCAUAUUUAAUUUAAUAUUGUUUUAUUUAUUUAGAGGAGAACAACAAGCUCGGUCUAUUUGGCCCAACUGAAUGGUGUAAAUUUAAGAUCAAAGAGAAUGAGAACGUAUUUAAGUAG